AUGCAGCUUUUUCUCCCACAUUUUUCCACUUUAAUUAUUUUCACAUUUUUCUUCACCUUAACUAAACAACAAAUGCAUCAAAGAAUAUCACCUAGAAAGCUGCUAAAAGAGGAUUUUUAUUUGCCAAAAAUUUCAAAAUUAAAUUAUAGAGAGGAAGUCAUUAAAAUGUUGAGACAACGAAAAAAUAUAAAUACUUGCCAAUUUGGGAAAAUUAGGCCCUUACAAAUUUUUGUUCCUAAAGCUAGAGCACUCCCUAUUAAACAGGCAAUUAAAAAUAAUUUUAAAAGUGGUUUGAUUAAUGAUUCCUCGUUGGGAAAAAAUAGAAAAAGACAACAACAACAGAGACACUAUUCUAAUAAAAAAGUUUUUAGCCAAUCCCCACCAAAUUUAAAAAUAAAACCUUUAAAUGCCGAAAAAAUUGAAAUACCAAAAUUACCUACUAUUGACGAUAAGACUGGAAUUGAACAAGAACAACAAACGCAAAAUAAUGUCAAGAAUUUACAACAACAAAAACUUCGAUUUUUUUACACCCCUUCAAACACUGUUGUAAAUCAAGACUUUACAUUUGCACAAAACACGCCUGGAUUUGCUUGUGCAUAUGGUAAUAAAAUACUAACUAAAAAUACAUCAGAAAAAUCAGUAACAAACACAUAUAAGGGAAAAUACAUAUGUAUUUUCACUAUCUUAAAAAAGUGUUUUCCGGAAAAACCAGAAUUAUUAAAAAUACAUUUUGGAAAAUACAGAUAA